CUUAUUCUGCCGUCUGCUUAUUCUGCCGUCUGCUGAUCUCGUGCAACAUGUAACAGUUUUCUGUUUCUGCUUCAUGAUACAAUUAUAUCCUCAGUGACAACAAUAAUGUUGAGCGAACAGUUUAGAUAAUAAGACAACUUUCAUUGCACUUUAGAUUUUUUUGGCAAUCAAUCUGCGCAUCUUUCCCUGAUCGUUUCAGACAGUCCUGUUCGUGGGUCGUGGCAGGUAUCCGCAUGCGUCGUCCUCAAGCAAUUGAUGCCGUGAGCUGUUCUCAGAUUUUUAAAUAGGCUUACCUUUUAUAUUUUAUCUGGACAUGUUAUUUCUCUCCAAGGCCCGCGGCAUUUGAAGGUUGGGCUCCUGUUGAGGGUGGUCAGAGAUAGAUUCACACCACUAGGUGUAGUACCGAGAAGAGUGGCCAAGUUCCAAUACACGGACUGGUGUAUCUAGGUAGGGUGGUCCAGCCCAGGCUCCAGGCUAUGUCUCCCUGGCUGUGGGAGAGCUAUUCCAUGCUGAGUUGAAAGGGACCUGCUUGGCUGGGGAAUACGGGAACAGACAUGGGGCUGGGACAGUCCAACAAGGCUCCUGUCACCGAUGACACAGAGGAGAUUCAUUUCGAUCACUUCCAAAUCUUAAGGGCUAUCGGGAAAGGAAGUUUCGGGAAGGUGUGCAUUGUGCAGAAAAAGGACACAAAGAAAAUGUACGCCAUGAAGUACAUGAACAAACUGAAGUGUGUGGAACGGAACGAGGUCCGCAAUGUCUUCAAGGAGAUGCAGAUCAUGCGGAACCUCGAGCAUCCCUUCCUUGUCAACUUCUGGUACUCAUUCCAAGACGAGGAGGACAUGUUCAUGGUAGUGGACCUGUUGCUGGGAGGAGACCUACGCUAUCACCUCCAGCAGAAUGUACACUUCUCAGAGAACACUGUCAAGCUGUACAUCUGUGAGAUCGCCCUGGCGCUGGGCUACCUCCGCAGCAAACGCAUCAUCCACAGCAGGAUCGACAGGCGUCUUGCCUCAGUCGGAUUGUGUGGCUUCCAUGCCUCAGCCGGCUCGCCAGGCUCUCACGCUCCUGCCGGUUCGUUGGGCUCCCAUGCCCCAACUGGCUUGCCCAGCGCCCAUGUCUCGGCCGGUUCGCCAGGGUGGGACKCCGGGUGGUGCCCCAAGAGGGGGGUAUACUGUUACAUCUGCUCCCGCUCUUCCCCCCCUGGCGCUUGA